ACUUCAACGCUCUCUCUUUCUCUUCUCUUUCUCUUCUCUUUGGUUCUGAAGAAGUCUACGGAGGGAGAAAGGUCUUCAGUGUGCUUUCAAAAUUGAAUUUUGAAUCAGUUUUGGAUCGAUACUGUGGAGGAUGAGCAUGGCAUCGCAGCAGGAAGCCAUCAAGCAGCUCAUUGCUCUGAUGGAGCAAGUGGAUGACCAUCUCAAGGCCACCUUCAAGAAUAUGCAUCAAGGACAUCCAAGUGAAACUGUGUCGCGGUUUCUCAAGGCAAGAGAAUGGAAUGUCCCUAAAACUCACAAAAUGCUACUGGAUUGUCUUAAUUGGAGAAUAAAUAAUGAUAUCGAUAGCGUUUUGUCUAAACCUAUCAUUCCAGUUGAUCUAUACAGAGCUGUGCGCGAUUCGCAACUGGUUGGACUUUCUGGAUACACAAAGGAGGGCCUUCCUGUCUUUGCAAUUGGUGUUGGAAUGAGCACAUUUGACAAAGCAUCUGUAAACUUUUAUCUGCAGUCACAUAUUCAAAUCAAUGAAUACCGUGACCGUGUAAUCCUUCCUGCUGCAUCCAAAAAGCACGGUCGGCAUAUCAGUAACUGCUACAAGAUUUUGGACAUGACUGGCCUCAAGCUCUGCGCGCUUAGCCAGUUAAAGUUAUUGACUAUUAUAUCCACUGUCGAUGAUCUAAAUUAUCCAGAGAAGACGGUAACAUAUUACAUAGUUAAUGCUCCUUAUGUGUUCUCAGCCUGUUGGAAGGCCGUAAAGCCACUUUUGCAUGAAAGAACCCGAAAAAAGGUGCAAGUACUGCAAGGUUCUGGCGGAGAUGAGUUAUUGAAGAUAAUGGAUCAAGCGUCGCUUCCCCAUUUUUGUCGAAGAGAGAACUCCAGAUCUUCCCACAAUUCAUCCCGAGUUAGUGAUUGUUUUUCCUUGGACCAUCCCUUCCAUCAGCAACUCUACAGCUAUGUUAAGCAGCAGCAAUCACAAAUACAUCAUUACAAGGUUCCUACCAAACAAGGAUCCUAUCAUUUUAGCAUGCCCAAUGCAGACAGUGACGGAGCUAUUAUUGUCGAAACGAUUAAAUCAGCAUUAAAGGAGCAGAGAUAGAUAUAGGUCACUCACUCAAUGAACCCGACGAGCAUUGCAUGAAAGCGUAUCUUCAAAUAUAAUUGGAAGAACCAGCAAUCUAUCAAUGCAGGGCAAUUAAGCAGAAAAAUAAGUCACUUGUCCUCAUAAGUCAUUGAGGAUAAGUUGAUGUUUUGAUUUUUAUUUGUAUUUUGCAUCCAGCAAAGUAUAUCUUCAAAUUUUACGCAAGGAGAUAUUACAUUGUUCAUCAUCUUCCAGGACUUGGAAUUGAACUGAACAACCUGAUCAACAUGUUUCGAUUACAUUUCAAAUAAAACUCAGAUUAAUGAUCAUUUCAAAUAAAACUCAGAUUAAUGAUCACCAGUUCACGGUUCACAAUUUCAUGGCAAUGCAUUUCCUGAACUUGGAAAGAAGAAACAUUCCUCUGAAACAA